AUGAACCGGGAGAAUCCACCGCCACAAACGGUCCGGGAAAGGGCAGACAUCCUGGUGGACAUCGCCGAACUGUACUGGAGGAGCACGCCCGCGCUGGGAGCGCGCUGGGAUAAAGAGGAGAUGGAGGAGGCGAUGGAGGAGGCAAUGGAGGAGGCGAUGGAGGAGGCGAUGGAGGAGGUGUUGGAGGAGGUGAUGGAGGAGGUGUUGGAGGAGGUGAAGGAGGUGAUGGAGGAGGUGAUGGAGGAGGAGGUGAUGAAGGAGGUGAUGAGGAGGUGCUGGAGGAGGUGA